GCUCUGUGGCUCAGACAGCCCCGCCACCGGGGAAGCCGGUCCCGGGGCGGGGCGAGGAGAUUCCUUUGGGGCAGUAGAACAACCGCCUCCCGAAGGGGCUGCAGCCCACGGGGGUGGACAAGAAGGUCUCGGGGGGCCAAAACCGCUGCUUGCAGUGACACACCUCGAGCCCUCCGGCAGCCGGGACGCACAGGCAGGCACACGGGGGGGCUGAGGCUGCAGCACGGCGGGAGGAACCACCUUCCCCCCCGGGGCGGCCGUGCUCUGGGCCGGGAGCGGCCAGGCCUGUGCCCCGGGGCAGGGCAGCGCUCGGGAGAGCCGCUCGGCCCGGCCCCGCUCGGCCCGGCCCCGCUCGGCCCGCCGGUGCUGACUCAGCGGCGGGGGGGCCCGGAGGCGCCGCGGGCGGGGCGGGAGCGGUGCCCGCCGCCCUCCGGGGAGAUAAAAGCCCGCGGCCGGAGCUCGCCCGCGUCUUUCGGCGCUGCCGGCAGCAUGACCGCCAUCGGGGCGCAGGUGCCGAGGCUGCUGGCACACCCGAGACCUCAGAAGUCCUUCUUUGAGACGCUCAUCAGGAGCCUGAUCAUCCUGUGCGUGGCAAUCGCGGUGGUCUUGUCGUCCAUCUCCGUCUGCGAUGGCCGCUGGCUCCUGGCGAGGGGUCAGCUCCUGGGGCUCUGGCAUUUCUGCACCGUUAGCAACAGCAGCGUCCUGACCUGUGUCACUGACCUCAGCCUGUCCCAGGUGGAAGGGCUGAGCGUGGGGGUCAUUCCUAUAAGAAGCAUGGUGUCCUUUGCCGUGGUGGUUGCCAUCUUUGGCCUGGAGCUGCUGAUGGUGUCCCAGGUCUGCGAAGACGCCAACGCGAGGCGGAAGUGGUCGAUGGGCUCGGUGCUCAUCCUCGUCUCGUUUUUGCUCUCGGCCACCGGUGUUCUGAGCUUCUCCAUCCUCGUGAGGGAUCACCUCACCUUCAUGGGCUUCACGUUGACGUACUGGUGCGAGUUCAUUGCUGCCUUUCUCUUCUUCCUUAAUGGGAUCAGCGGACUUCACAUCAACAGCCUCACGCAUCCCAGGAACAGGGUAGGCAAAAUCUAGGUGCAAAGGGUGUGUACCUCUGCUUUUGUGUAAUCAGCUUUGCCAAUUGGACUGGAAAAAAAGGGAGUCUAGUGAAGUUUGAAAGGGACAUCGUGUCUUAAAUUGUGUGCAAGGAGGGGAAGCGUGAGUCAGUCUUGGUGCCUGUAGAAGACACACCCGCCCGCUGGCCAGAGCUGCACAACACCAGUGAAGCAGAGACCCAGCCUGGCUGUUGCUGAAAUGCGUUUUUCUGGAGGAGUGGAUUAAAGAAGAAGGUGUCCCCUUAGAUGUGCAGAGGGGUAGCAGACUGACCUACAUGUUGGCUCAUUUCUGAGGCUUACACAAAGCCUGUACUGCUGUGGGUUUGGUGUCGCUGGGCUUCCCCCCCACACUCUGGAACCUGUGAGGAGUGUGACAACUUGGCUUUGCUGUAUCUCAGGGACAGAUGACUUGUGCCUGGCCACACUCACUGGCACGGAGCAUUGAAAGUCUUCACUGGAUCUCACUCCAUUUCAAAAGAGAAGGCACACAGAUCUUGAUCUGGUCACCCAUUUUGUUUCCUGCUGACACGUUGACUGUAUCUGUCUUUUGUGAGUCUUUCUGGGACACCUCUGCCAGAGGUGCAGGGAGAUGUAGCUGUUUUGGGGCCAAGGGCAGGUAUUGGGUGAUGCAGGUGUAUGGGGAAGGGUUGAAAUGUCUUCCUUGGGCAGCAGUGCAUGUUCCUGUGCUUGUGGCUUCUCCCCAGUGUCACUUCUCCGCCAUCCCUGUAGGACACGUGCCAAUCAGUCAACCAAACUGGCUCCCUCACAGCCCUUGCAAAGCUCUCUGUAAUAGGCCAUUGCUCUUCCUGGUUUCUUUUUUGUCCCUUUGGGGCAAGAGGGCCAAGCUCUGCAGGGGCAUUAGAUGGGUGUUGUGGCUGGGCAGAGCAUGCUGGCACCUUCUGGGCUGUGUUUUGGUUGUCAGGGUUUCCUGCUGGGGCAAUGGGAAAUCGUAUCCUGUCAUGGAGAGUCUCCUGUUGCAUUUCUUGUGGGAACAGAAAGCUCUGCCUCCACCUGACCAGGCCCAAGUCUUCUUCAUCUGCUGGUUAACAGUAGCCUUGGGAGGAGAGGUAGCUCAUGAUUGCCCAAGGAGGGGCUGAUGGGGGCAGCUCUAAUCUGUCACGGCAGGUGGAAAUACAGAGACCUGGCCAAAAUUAUAUUAAGGCUUGGCUUCUUCCUGCCAAUAACUGAGUCAAGAUCUCCUUAGUUGCUGCAGUUUUGAAGUUCCUCAUGGUGUCUGAUGUAAAAGGAGAGAAGACCUCAGCAGGAGACCUCAGAGGUUGGUUGCCCUAUAUGUGUCCUCACUGUCCAACAUCCUGCACCCUGUUGUUCAGAUAAACGUGGUUUUGGAGUAUUUCAGGGUUUCUGGUUUAAUGUUUGUUUUGUAUCUGCUGGUAAAACCGCUUGUAUUUUUGUUUUAGAACGAAUGUUUUUACAUGUUUCAUCUGUGUAGCUUGUGUGAUAGCUGUUGAGCAAGGUUUUCAUUUCCUGUGCAGCAAGUUUGACACAAUUCUUCACCUGAAACAAAAGCAUCAUAGCACAGAUGCCGAGAAGGCUGUGUAGGUGAGCCAGGAGUAAACAGCUCUGUGUUUCAACGCCAAGACACAUACAUCCACACUUGCUGAAUCUGCUCCUGUGGACUCACUUGCCUUCAUGAGGACAGUCUUCAUUCCUUCUCAGAUUUCCGUAACGUUUUAGGAUAAUGCUCCUAAGCCUGUUCUGCAGUGCAGUUUCAUGUCACACUUGCUCUGGACCAGUGCCAGUUGUGGUUCUGCACACGAGUGUGUCAGUCUUUCUGGUGAGAUAAUGCACAGAGCUGUGUUACCCAGCCAACUCCUGAAGCUUGUGCAGUGUUUGGAGCUCUGUCAGGGUUUAUUGACCCUCUCUCAAGGACAAGACUUGUGCCUUUAACCUGCCCCUGGAAAACUGCACUGUGAUUGUGCACUGUGUCUCUCUUUGUGAAGGUGCAUUUGAUUUGCUGAAUUACACUGAUGAAGAUGUGCUAGUGGGCUGAACUUGCAGCUUCUUCUGUGAACAGUGCUGUUGGCUUCAUCAGAACUACUUACCCCAGAGUCUGCAAGGUCCAGACCCAAACUGUUUCGUUGUGGUGUUACCAGGUGGUAGAGUGCCUUAACUAGCUGAUAAAUCACUUGUGGUGCCUAGGGGUGCCCAUGCCAAGCAGGACAGUUCCCCUGCACAAGGUUAAAGGUGUCCAUGGCUUGUCUAGAAACAUGGAUGUACUUUCAGAGUACCUUCUUGGUGAUAUCCAAAACUGGAAAUCAGUUCUGGACGUACUCUCCUUUGUGCUAGUGGGAGGCUGUGUUCCCAGCCCCUUCCCUGGGGGAAGGCAGCUGUAGCCAUACUUGAGUUCAGGCUGGUGCUUCCCACUCAGCUUAGAGGGAAACAGUGGACGAUUGGCCAUUGAGUUCACCCAAGACUUGGUGCAAUUGUGAAUGAUUUUGGGAUGUCCCCUGCUUGCUGAAGGAGAGGCCUUUUCUUGGUAGUUGGGAAUCCUCUAGGGAAAAUACAGUAGCUUUUUUUUUUUUCCAAAUAGCUUUUUAUUGUACUGCUUGACUUACUAAUGCAGGGAGAAGAUGUGUUUUCAUGGAUAAAAACUACAUGACAAGGUUGAUUAUCUUGGAGACAUCCUUAUAUACAGCAACCUAUGGAGUGAUGGGUAACCUGUUCAUUUUCUGAAGCCCAUGGAAAUGACAAGCAAUAUUUCUGAAGUUUGUUAAAUAAAUUUCUUUUAAA